CCUUGGGGAGAAAACCCAAGCAUCCAGGAGGGGCCUCUUGAGGAUGCAACCUACGUGCAGUUCCAGCCUCCCCCAGCCCCCUGCUGCCUUGAGGGGAGUGGGUCCCCCAUGGAGGACCCUGAGCUCUGUGCCCAGCCCUGGUAUGCAGGAAGCUGUGACCGGCAAACAGCUGAGACUGCCCUGCUCUAUGCCAAUAAGGAUGGUGCCUACCUUGUGCGGCGCUCUGGGCGUGGCGGUCCCCAGCCCUACACCUUGGCUGUACUCCUGGGUGCCCGUGUCUACAACAUCCCUGUGCGCUUGAUUCCAGGGCCCCGGCCCUUUGCCUUGGGUCGCACCAACGCCUGCCCAGAGGUGGGUGCCCAGCUGGGAUGUGCCCAGUGCCAAGGGCUCUUUCCCAGUGUGCCCAGUAUGGUCUGGCACUACAUGCAGCACCCCCUCGUGCUGGUGGAUGGUACCACUUGCGCCCGCCAGCACACCCGCCUGCUCUACCCUGUGAAGCCCUGAGUGCCUGGUGGGGAGGGGGCACCCAGUGCCACCCCAGCCCCUUCCCCUUCCCUGCCAGCCUCAGCCCUGCAGCUGUGACCAGUGUCAGGGUAGAGCAACAAUGGCAGGCCUCAGGCUGGGAGGCAGUCUGGGAGCCCUCCCUCCUCCCCCACCCCCAGCUGAUGCCAAGCCAGCCAGGACACCUGCAUCCUUGCUGUACCCACUUCCUCCUUGUCCCCAGCUGGGGGGUCACAAUAAACAGUGU